UGGCGGAAAAAUCAAAUAUUAAAUUUAAUAUACUGGGAACAUUGGCGAGAUUACACUUGUGUUUUUGCUUGUACGUCAUCGGUGAGAACUUUUAACUAUAUGUGAUAUGCCAAAGAAAAAGUUUAUCUGCUGAACUCCCUCAUAAUGCCGUUAUGAAUGAAUAAAAUGUCAAGACUGUCGCAAUUAUUUGGUUUCUUGAACAAUGUCAAAACUAUACAGGUAAAUUGUCUUAAUAACGGCUCCAAAGUUCGUUGUCUAUCCACGACGUGGGCAUGGCGAUCGGGCGAAACUCGCUACAACCUGCUGGAUAUACAAAUGCUCUCAAAAUCUCUACACGAACAAAUAUUUGGCGAGUGCGACGACGUCCAGGAUUCCGAAUCGAUCCGAAAGAGCAUCGAACACCUUUCCGAUCACGAUCUUUAUGGACGGUCGAAAAAUCAUAUCGCAGAUGUUCGAUUUAAGCUCCCGAAGCUGAAAGGUGCAAACAUUGCUGAACAUUUUGAAAUCAUUGCAAAAGAGCAGAGUACUAACUACUUUGAAAUGGCGCAAAGGUUGUCGAGAAUGAGCCUACCCCCCCGACCGACGGAAUGGAAUUUUGAACCAGGCUGGACAAAGUACGAACUGAGAGAGAACUCGAUACAUGCUAUUACUGUAGAAUGUCCCGAGGGAGAAGUUAUGGUGUUUGAUGUUGAAGUUUGUGUAAAUGAAGGACAGUUCCCAACAUUAGCUGUCCUUGCUACACCUGAUAGCUGGUACUCCUGGGUUAGUCAUCGUCUUGUACAAGAGCAAAGCUAUCAAUGGUUUUUACAUCCCAAGAUGGACGAUCUGAUUCCUUUUCACUUGUCAGGAACAUGCCCAGAGACGGACUGGCAAGAACAGCUUGUCAUUGGUCAUUCAGUUGGAUAUGACCGCAGUUUUAUCAGGGAGCAGUAUUUAAUCAAGGGCUCGAAGAUGUAUUUCCUCGACACUCUAAGUUUGCACAUGUGCAUCUCUGGGCUAACCGGGUUGCAGCGCAAUCUGAUGAAGGCGUCCAACGUGGGCAAGGCCGAAGAAGAAGAUUGGAUGGACGUCGGCUGUCUAAAUAAUCUUCGAGAUGUCCAUCAGUUGUAUUGUGGCGGAAAAGAACUCGAAAAAGAAAAGAGGAAUAUAUUUAUUCAUGGUACUCUUGAUGAUGUCAAGCGAAACUUUCAGGAUCUAAUGACUUACUGCUCGGACGACGUUCUCUCAACUCAUGAAGUUUUCUGUUGUGUGUGGCCGCUUUAUCAAGAGCGCUUUCCUCACCCAGUAAGCUUUGCGGGCAUGCUGGAGAUGAGCGUUGCCUACUUGCCAGUGAAUCAGAGCUGGGAGAAAUACAUUGCAGACUGUGAGGACACGUACGAGGACCUUGAGAGAGAAAUGAAAAGCUCGUUGAUGCGACUCGCCGACAACGCCUGCCAUCUUCUACACAACGAGAAGUACAAGAAUGAUCUUUGGCUCUGGGAUCUUGAUUGGUCCGUUCAAGAUGUCCGCAUUAAAAAGAUGAAGCCACCGAAGAAGGGAAGAAAGGGAAGACUUCCAGCUGAACAGGAAAUAAGACCAAGCAACGGAAAGAAAGAGGACGAACUUGAGGAAGACAUUGAUAUUGAAGAUAUUAUAUCUCGUAUACCUCCGGUUGAAGAUGUUCUGUAUAAGAAAAGGCAGCAUUUACCUGGCUAUCCACUAUGGUAUAGGAAAUUGUGUCCGAGGGCAGACUCGGAUGACUGGAGCCGUGGAUCAAUUCUAGUCAGUGCUCAGUGUCGUGUUGGCCCGAGUCUUUUGCGCAUGAGUUGGGACGGCUUUCCGCUGUACUAUCAUGCGCGUCAUGGUUGGGGAUACCUGGUCCCCGGGAGAACCAGCAACCUUGUGGAAAAUGACAUGCAGAGAAGUUUUCCAUUGAGGGCAUUUCAAGAACUUUGGCAGCGUUUGAAGAAUGUCAACGGUCAUCGGAGUACGGGUGCUAUUGAUGCUCCUCCCGAAGAUGGCGAAAAUGUCCAGGAUUUGUGUGAAGGCGAACUUUGGAGCUCCGUUGAAGAGAAUGAGUUGAAAAAACAAGUGUUAGGCAGAACUACAUCGCCCAAAAGUAGAAUCUCUCGGAAGCGUGAUACGCCUGAUUUUCAUCACGGUGUCGGACCUUUUAAUGACGUCGAUCUUCCCGGUGUGUGGUUUUUUCGCAUCCCUCAUAAGAACGGGGAAAAAUUUAAAUGCGGUAACCCACUUGCCAAGGACUACAUUGGCAAAAUGGAAGAUGGAACAUUGAAAUCUGAGGGGGAUGAAAGUGCCGAACGGACUUUGGUUCUCAACAAAAUGAUUUCAUUUUGGAGAAACGCAAAACAAAGGAUCAUGUCGCAAUUGUAUGUUUGGUUGGAGAAAGACGAUCUUCCAGUUAAUGUGGUGAAAUCACAAGGUUAUUCUUCGGAUGAGCAAUAUGGUGCGAUAUUACCCAGGUUGAUUACUGCCGGUACAGUAACACGUCGGGCAGUCGAGCCAACAUGGAUGACAGCCAGCAAUCCGAGGGCUGACCGCGUUGGAUCAGAACUGAAAGCGCUCAUACGUGCUCCGCCAGGAUACUGCUUUGUUGGGGCGGAUGUCGACAGCCAAGAGUUGUGGAUUGCCGCUUUAUUGGGUGAUGCAAACUUCGCCAGAACACAUGGAAGUACGGCGUUUGGGUGGAUGACGCUACAGGGUAAAAAAUCUGAGGGAACCGAUCUUCACAGCAAAACUGCAGACACCAUUGGAAUAACACGAGAACAUGCGAAGGUUUUUAACUACGGACGGAUUUACGGCGCUGGGAUUACUUUUGCCGAGAAAUUACUUCUGCAAUUCAAUCAUCGUCUCACGGAAAACGAAGCCAGGAGCAAAGCCGAAAAACUUUAUGCUGCCACCAAAGGGAUUCAAAGGCAUCGGUUGUCUGAUUAUGGUAUGAGGAUUGCUAUCAAGUAUAAAUAUGACAGUUUCGUCACCGACGACGGUUUCAUGGACAGUAAAAUUUACUACGAGCUGCUGAGGAAGUCUCGAAGAUUCAGAGAUCACGGCGAGGUGAUGAGUUUGUACAAGGAAUGGCAAAAAGGAAGCGAAUCUCAGAUGUUCAACAAGCUGGAGAAUAUUGCGCAAUCAGAACAACCGUCCACCCCAGUUCUUGGCUGUAAGAUCAGUAGAGCACUGGAACCGAACAUCGUCAGGAACAAGUUCAUCACAAGUCGUAUUAAUUGGGUUGUUCAGUCGUCGGCUGUUGAUUAUCUUCAUCUGAUGUUGGUCUGUAUGAAAUGGCUCUUCACCGAAUGCAACAUCGAUGGUCGAUUUUGCAUCAGUAUUCAUGAUGAGGUUCGUUACUUGGUGAACGAAGAAGAUCGUUUUAGGGCUGCUCUUGCUCUGCAGAUCACAAACUUAUUGACAAGAUCGAUGUUUUCCUACAAGCUGGGGAUUCGUGAUUUGCCACAAUCAGUCGCAUUCUUCAGCGCUGUCGAUAUUGAUUCGGUGAUUCGAAAGGAAGUAACGCUGGAUUGCAAAACUCCGUCCAAUCCUCGUGGCUUCACGGAAAACCACGGAAUUCCACGAGGAGAGGCACUGAAUAUCUAUGAAAUACUUCAACGGACAAAUAACGGUUCUUUAAAAAAGCAAACAUUUUUCUUUGAUAAAAAUGACGCGGAAGAUGCUCUUUGACCACACUACCACAUAAGUUUUGUUGCGACGUCCAAAGCUUUAGCUCCCACCGUCCCAGCGUCACUUGACCACUGAUCUGCAAUUGACACACUUUCAUCCCCCAGUCAAGGCCACAGGUUUAGCAUGGUAAAAGUGAAUGCCUACAUUUGUUCUUGUUAUAAAUGCAGACCCUAAAA